GUUUCAAUGCUUGCCUGCUUCAUGGCACCCGUGUCGGCGCUACAGAAACACGUUGACCUUGGCCAGUGUUGCAGACAUUUCCUGGCGUAUUUUGGUGUCAAGUAAACGUGACAUGGAUGAACAGCUGCCUUCCCACAUCGCCGUGCAGGUGAUUGGUGCUAUCACUGGAGAUUUACUUUGCACAGUAGAAGCAGAUGGCUGUUGGUGUUUGCAAGAUCUCAAAGAAGCAAUUCGAGCUGCAUGUGCCAUUCCGACACACGAACAAAAGCUGCAGAUUGCAGGAAAAGCUUUUUGCAAGGAGAGUCAGAGAUUGGCUGACUUCUUGCAUCAAGUAGAGUGUACACACAAGCCAGUCUCAGUGGAACUCAUACGUGCUGAUGCCAAACGUACUGCUGCUCUGGAGCACGUGGCAGUUGGUGGUUCUCUGACCCAUUUGGAAGAAAGUUAUAGAGGUGAUCCCGAACUCGUGCUCGCGGCCAUCAAAGCAAAUGGCGGAGCAUUUCGGUAUGCCUCGGAAAGACUAAGGAGUGAUCGGGAUUUUUUACUGACAGCCAUUGAAAGAAGCUGUGAUGUGCUAUGUCACGUAGGAGAUGAAUGGAGGUGCAACCGAGAAUUUGUGCUUGAGGCCAUCCGCCGCACUGGCACUGCCUUGUGCUAUGCAGCAACAGAGCUGCGGAGCGAUCGAAAUUUUAUUCUGUCUGCUGUCGAGAGAAAUGGAACGGCACUUUGCUAUGCCGAUUUAGAGCUGCGCAGAGAUAGAAACUUUGCCCUGGAGGCUGUGCAACGAAGUGGCCUGGCGCUGCGCUAUGUGUCAGAACAACUUCAGCUUGACCGAGAUUUUGUGUUGCUUGCAGUGCAACUGAAUCCAAGCGCACUGCGGUACGCAGAAGAAGAAUUUCGAAGCGAUCCGGAGCUCGUGUUGGCUGCUGUUCAAACUGAUGAGAUGACCCUUGGCUUUGCAACAGAGAGCCUGCGAUCGGAUGGGGCCUUCGUUCAAAGGGCACUGCAGCGAAACAGCGCAGCCCUUCCUUAUGCCGCAGAACACUUGAAAGAAAACCGGCGCUUUCUGACUGAAGCUCUAAAGGUUCCAGGUGUUCUCAAACAUGCUGCAGAGGAAGUUCGUCGAGAUCGGGAACUUGUGGUAUUAGCCAUCGGAAGCGACGGAGCAGCCAUGUGCUACGCAGCGCAGUCUUUGCAGCAAGACAUGGCCUUUGUCCUUGAGGCUGCUGCAGCCAAUCCGGCGUCUCUACAAUACGUUGUUGAUGACUUCUGGCAUCAGAAGGAUUUUGUCAUGAAAGCCGUUGAGGUGACUGGCAUGGCACUGUGGUUCGCAAGUCCGGAAAUUCGACGCUGCAAGGACUUCGUGAUUUCUGCUGUGCGGAGGAACAGUUCUGCAUUGAAUUUUGUCCCAGAAGAGCUUCGCUGUGAUCGCGAGGUGGUCCUAUCCGCCGUGCAGGGCAGCAGCCAGGUUCUGAAAAAGGUUGAUGAGGGCUUGGCGAAAGACCGGCUUUUCAUUCUAGCGGCUGUGCAGCGCAACGGUGCAGCGCUUGCCUAUGCAGAAAGUAGCCUUCGGGCAGACCCCGAGGUGGUUCUUGCUGCGGUGCAAAGCGAUGGCACUGCCCUUUCCCAUGCUGCAGCGGUACUGCAAGCAGACCGAAAUUUUGUACUGUCUGCAGUUUGUCGAAACAGCAAGGCAUUCUUGGUUGUCGCCCCGGAAUGGCAGAGUGACUACAAUUUCGCACUAGAUGCAGUGACGAGGAAUGCAUCUGCACUUCCCCUGCUGUCGCCUCGCUUUCAGGAGGACCAUGAGUUUCUUCUGGCAGCUCUGGCGCGGAACGGUGACACUCUCCGGUAUGUAGAUGAGUCCUUCCAGAACGACCAGCAACUGAUUCUGUCGGCAGUUGAGUCUGAUAGUGCGGCUCUCCGCUAUGUCGACGAAACUUUGCGCGGAGAUCGUGAUUUUGUCCUGGGUGCGUUGCAACGGAACGCUGAGGUCCUUCCCUAUGUUGUGGACACUUUGCAAGAGGAUCCGGAGUUCAUGUUGGAAGCUCUUCGACGGAAUUUCUGGGUACUCAAAAAUGCAAACCCUGCCCUUCGGCACAAUUCCGGCUUCAUGCUGAAGGCUUUGAAUGCGAACAAAGGCACUCUGCAGCUGGUUGGCUCUGAAUUAUGGGAGGACCGAAACUUUGUCUUGCAGGCAACGAAAGUCUUCGGGGAAGCACUUCGCUUUGCCUCCGAUGACCUGCAGCAGGACAAAGCCUUUAUCACGAAGGUCGUGCAAGGGAAUGGUAUGGCCCUUCCUUUCGUCACGAACCUUUCCCAGAAUGAAGAGGUGGCACUGGCAGCCGUACGAAGCCGUCCUGAGGCAAUGCGAUACGUUCACGAGGACUGUCGACGGAGCAGAACAUUCAUUCUGAAGGCUGUGAGCAGGACCGGGGCUUCUUUGGCUUACGUUCCUCAACAGUUCCGGAAGGACCGGGAGGUGGUGCUGGCAGCAGUGCAAAAUGACGGAGUCGCCUUAGCUUAUGCUGCCGCCGAGCUGCAGAGCAGCCGUGAGGUUGCCCUGGCAGCAAUUGAACGAAAUGCAAACGCUGCUGUGGAGCCGAGCUUGUGGCAGGAACGUGACUUUGCGCUGGCUGCCAUCGAGAGAAAUAGUGAGGCGGUACUGCAUUGCCCUCAGGAUUUUCAGGAGGAUCGUGGAUUCCUCUACGAUGCGGUGCAGAGGAAUGGAGAUGCCUUGCGUUUCAUGGAUGAAAUAUACCGCUAUGACCAUGCUUUAGUUCUUGCGGCCAUACAGAAUGAUGGCACUGCCCUCCGCUAUGCUGGUGAAUUUAUGCGGCAAGAUCGUCGAUUUGUUCUUGAAGCCUUGCGCCAGAAUGCAAUGGCUUUGCCAUAUGUGCCGGAGGAGUUUUGGCAGGAUAGAUCAUUCUUGCUAGCUGCUGCACGCCGUAAUCCAGAAGCUCUCCUUCAGGUUGACGAGGCACUUCGCAAAGACCGAAACUUCAUGUUGGCUGCGGUGGGCGAGCGCGGAGAAGCACUGGCCUCUUGUGCGUCCGUGCUGCUGGAGCAUCAAGAUUUUCUACUGCAAGCAAUCGAGGUCAGCCCUGAAGCCUUUGCACAUGUGCCUGAAGACUUGAAACAGGAUGCGGAUUUCGUUCUGGCGGCCCUGAAGAGAAAUGGGGCUGCUCUUCGCUUUGCUGCAGAGAAAUUCCGAAAAGAUCCAGCUGUGGUCUUGGCUGCCGUGCAGAGGAAGCCAGAGGCCUUGCGGCAUGCGUCAGAGGAUCUUCGUCACAAUCAUGAUUUUGUGCUGUCAGCAGUGAGAGCCAACGGAGCCUCCUUGGCUCAUGCAGGAAAUGAAAUGCGCAGCAACCGUGAGAUCGUCUUAGCUGCUGUGAGGAGGGAUGGUGUGGCAUUGGCCUAUGCUUCAGAAGAAUUGCGAGGGGAUGCCGAAGUCCUGGCUGCAGCAGCUGCAAGUGAUGCAUCAUCGCUGCAAUACGCCUCAGAAACCAUGCGGAAUGAGUAUGAGAAUCCUCUCGGCAGCAUGAGGACUGGUGCUCCAGGGUCAGCUUUGCGGCACAUCGGAGAGCAGCUGCAGCGCUUUGUGUCGCCAAUUCGACCGCGAAUUCAGUAGCUUUGACAUGCUUUGACUGCUUUCACUCCAUGGGCAACGAAGAGCGAAGAUCG